AUGAACGCCAACGUCUACUCGAUUGUGUGCUUCCUCUCGUUCCUCGUCCUCUGCAUUUCUGCACAAUUGGUAAGUGAGCGAGUGAGACAGAAAACAGGCGGAUCAUUCGAUUGUGUCUUCCCGAGUGGAUUAUCCAUCAGUCUGUCUGUCUUCUUCUUCUUCUUCUUCCUCGUCCUCUUCUAGACCCAAUUUCCUUGUUUCCAGCACGCCGACGGAGCCGACGUGGAAGGAAUCGUGGACAAACGCUCACCGUACAGGUUAGUCAUCUGAUUCCGAGAGUAAGGUGCGAGUUGUUCCCACGAUCCCCCGCCAAAACACUCGCAUUUCGUUUUGCCUUCACAACAAAAUCUCAACAAAAUUGGGGGGCGGCGCGUUGCUCGAAUAUUAUAAAUUCCAAAUAAUAAAUCUGCAUUUUCGCAGAGCUUUCGCAUUCGCCAAGCGCAGCGACGAAGACCUCGACUUCCUGGAGAAACGGGCGAGAUACGGAUUCGCGAAGAGGUGAGGAGAGAUUCUGGAGCAUUCACGAUGCUAUCGUCGCAUUCGGAAGACGUCACGAUGACGUGUCCUUUUUGCAGAUCUCCGUACCGAUCGUUCGCCUUCGCGAAACGUGCAUCUCCGUACGGAUUCGCGUUCGCCAAGAGAGCCCAGUUCUCCUCGUUCGCCUGA